AUGGCAUCUUCCGGCCCAACUGUCCGACACGCUCGUCGGGAGGAUAUCCCCACCAUCUUGAGCCUCAUCAAAGAGCUCGCAGAUUACGAGCACGAGCUCGACAGCGUGCUGGCCACCGAGGAGACUCUAGGAAACACCAUCGCGUUCGCCCCGUCAGACCAGACAACCUACACGCAGGGCAAACCCCAGACUGAGCCCACAUCACCGGCCAGGCCCGCGCGAUGCCUCCUCCUAUUCAACGAGGCCGGCCAGGGCGUCGGCAUGGCGCUGUACUUUUACAACUACAGCACCUGGCGCGCCAAGCCGGGCGUCUAUCUCGAGGAUCUCUACGUGCGCCUGUCCGAGAGGAAGAAGGGCUAUGGCAAGCGCCUCCUCGUUGAUUUGGCCAAGGAGGUCGUCGCCAUGGACGGCGGUCGGCUGGAGUGGUCUGUCUUGAAGUGGAACGAGCCGAGUAUCAAGUUUUACGAGUCCAUUGGCGCAAAGGCCAAGAACGACUGGGUAGGCAUGCGCGUCGAUGGCGACGCCCUGCCGAAGCUAGCUGGCUUGCUUGAUUCAUGA